AUGAGAGAUUCAAGAACGAAAUUUUCUUUCCUAGAUAUAUUACGUAUACUUGGAGGCAUUUUAUUUUUAAAUGCAUUUUUAUCAUGGUGGUUCACAUCAACUUCAACAUGGGGGUAUCGAGGGAAAUGGUUAAACACUGAUUAUUUAAAAUUCCGUUUAUUCAAUGCCAAUAAUCCAUUAAAUUUAACAAUAUCGGAAUUAAGUUUAUAUAAUGGGACUGAUAAACAUUUACCCAUAUAUUUAGCUAUUGAUGGGAUAGUUUUUGAUGUGUCUUCAUCACCAAAAGUUUAUGGACCUGGAGGUCCAUAUCACGAAUUAACGGGGAAAGAUGCAGCUAGAGUUUAUGUUACUGGAUGUUUUAAUAAAAAAGAUGAAUAUACUUAUGAUUUAAGAGGAUUAGAUGAAACUGAGGCAGAGAAUGAUAUACAAUCUUGGCAACAAUUUUUUUUCGAUCAUGAUAAAUAUUGGUAUGUUGGUACGGUACAACAUGAACCAAUUACCAGUGAUCCACCUGCUCCCUGUGAACAUAUGAAGUUCCCCGGAAUGCAUUAA